AUGGCCGAGUCGCAGCUGACCUGCCUGGACGACGCGCAUGUGAACGAGCGGGUGACCGAGGCGCAGGCCGCCUUCUACUACUGCGAGCAGCGGCGGGCCGCCCUGGAGGCGCUGCUGGGCCGGGGCGAGCAGGCCUAUCGCCAGCGGAUCCAGAAGGAUCAGCUGCGGGACUUCUUGUCCAGCCAGGAGCGCCAGGCCCUCCGCGCGGCCUGGACCCCUUAUGAGGACGCUAUCCCCGCAGGUGGCCGCGGCAAGAACAAGGCCAAGGCCAAGGCCGAGCCCGCGGCCGCCGAGUCCCUGGCCUACUGGCCCGACCGCUCUGACACCGAGGUGCCCCCGCUGGACCUGGGCUGGACCGACACCAGCUUCUACCGCGGCGUCAGCCGGGUCACCCUCUUCACUCAUCCCCCCAAGGAGGAAAAGGCGCCCCACCUCAAGCAGGUGGUCAGGCAGAUGGUCCAGCAGGCCCAGAAGGUCAUUGCUGUGGUCAUGGAUGAUUUCACCGAUGGUGACAUCUUCAAAGACAUCGUCGAUGCUGCCUACAAACGCCGGGUCCCAGUGUACAUCAUCUUGGACGAGGCAGGAGUGACGUCCUUUCUGGAGAUGUGUCGGACUCUGGAGCUCACCGACUUCCGCAUCCGGAACAUCCGAGUCCGCUCUGUGACCGGCGUGGGCUUCUAUAUGCCCAUGGGGAAGGUCAAAGGCAACCUGUCGUCAAGGUUCCUGAUGGUGGACGGUGAUAAAGUAGCCACUGGGUCUUAUAGGUUCACCUGGAGUGCCUCCCACGUGGACAGGAACCUCCUCCUUCUCCUGACGGGCCAGAACGUGGAGCCCUUCGACUUGGAGUUCCGCGAGCUGUAUGCCAUCUCCGAGGAGGUGGACCUGUACCGGCAGCUGGGCCUGGCCGGGGGUGCAGGCCGGCCGGGCCUCAACUUCUCCUCCUCCACAGUGGCCCGCAAACUCAUCAACCCCAAGUACGCUCUGGUAUCCAGCAGCCGCCAGCCCCCGGGGGAGAUGAUGCGCUGGGCCGCCCGGCAGCAGCAGGAGGCAAGGGGCGCCCUGGAGGAACAGGAGGCCGGGGGUGGCGAGUCUGCACGGCGCCUGGAGAGCUUCUUGAACGACCUGGUCAGUCUGGAGCAGGUGCUUCCCCCUGUGGAUCCCCUCCCCCUGAGCCAAAAGGAUCUCAAGGGGGUCUCUCAGCUGAAGGCCAAGCCCUGGGAGGCCCUAGGCCAAAAUGGCAGAGGAGAAGCCGGCAACGGGGAGGCCGCCCCCGCCAAAGAAGGCAAGCGCUUCAGUAGCCGGUUCUUAAGCCGGCGGACCAAGAGGCCAGCGACACCCAACGGCCUGGCCAGCUCCUGCUCCUCUGAGGCCUUUGCUGAUGUGGAGUUCAAGAUGGGGAAGAGGCCCCUCGAGGGCUCCAGUCCUGAUCUGUCAGGUAAAGCCAGUGUUGUUUCUGCGAAGCCCAACAACUGUGUCAUUUCCUGA